AUGGCUGACACUGCAGCGGCCGAGCGUGGACGAGGUGCUUUUGGACGUGGACGUGGCGAACGCCGUGGUCGCCGUGGUGAUCGUGGACGUGGCCGUGGCCGUGGUCGUGAUGAAGAAAACAAGGCUUGGGUCCCAGUCACCAAGCUUGGACGUCUUGUACUUGAUGGCAAGAUCCGUUCUAUUGAAGAAGUCUAUCUUUUCUCUUUGCCCAUCAAGGAGUUCCAGAUUGUCGACCAUUUCCUCCCCAAGCUCAAGGAUGAGGUCAUGAAGAUCAUGCCUGUGCAGAAACAAACUCGUGCUGGUCAGCGUACCCGUUUCAAGGCUUUUGUCAUUGUCGGUGACUCUGAUGGCCAUGUUGGUCUUGGUGUCAAGUGCUCCAAAGAAGUGGCCACUGCCAUUCGUGGUGCCAUUAUUCUUGCCAAGCUUUCUGCUAUUCCCGUUCGUCGUGGAUACUGGGGAUCUGUUCUUGGUGACCCCCACACUGUUCCUGCUAAAGUUACCGGAAAGUGUGGUUCCGUUACCGCUCGUCUUGUUCCUGCUCCUCGUGGUACUGGUAUUGUUGCCGCCCCUGUUCCCAAAAAACUCAUUGAGCUUGCUGGUAUCAAGGAUUGCUACACCACUACUCGUGGCUCUACCAAGACCCAAGGAAAUUUCCUCAAGGCCACCUUUAUGGCUAUUGGAAACACCUACAGUUUCCUUACUCCUGAUCUUUGGGAGGAGACUGCUUUCCAAAAGAGUCCCUUCCAGCAAUGGUCCGAUCUUUUGGCCAAGUCUGCCAAGAAACACUAAACGCUCCAUCAAUGAAUGUUUUUCAAUCG